CUUUAAGAUGUAAAUAAACAGUGUUUCACGGAGUGAGCAUUCUUAUGCAGAUUGUUAUGACUGUUAAAAGUGGCAAUGCGUGAAUUUGCCUAACCAAUCAUCGAUCCAAAUGUACAUGGUUGCCGCAGGAUUAUUCAACCAUGUCGACUGUCAUAACACAUACUUCAUAGGAUGACACAAGGAUUUAAGUCCUUUCUCGUUCCAGUAGCUACGUUGUAAGGAAGAAAGGAAGAAAGAUAAUUCCAGCUAAUUAUUUUCAACUUCUUAUCAACUUUGCAAUAACUUCAAAAUCAAGGUGGAAGAUCACACUCAAUUCACGAGUUGUAUAAACUGCUGUCAAGUUCUGAGCAGAGUGAAACGUGCAUGUAUGGAUGUAGAAUUAGAGGCCGUUGGCUCUCAGCCUAAGGAGGAGAAAGGGUCAAGACAGAGAAAUGGCAGAGCAAUUUCAAGAAAAAUGAAGCGGCAACGACUUAUGGACAAAAACGGGCGAAUUCAUGUCAACUAUGUGAACGUUCCAAAUCGCAGUCAGCUUUACUACUUGCAUGACCAUUUUACUACAAUGAUCGACGCUCAAUGGAGAUACGUUUUUCUAAUUUUCUCGCUGUCCUUUUUGGUUAGCUGGUUAGUCUUCGGGUCAAUCUGGUGGGGCAUCUACUAUUACCGCUCUGAACACCACGACAUAGAGUGUAUAGAGAAAGUUGAUUCUUGGACGGCCGCAUUUCUGUUCUCGUUAGAAACGCAGACUACCAUUGGUUAUGGGGGCCGACAGAUCACACCGGACUGUCCGGAAGGAGUCGUUUGCCUGUUAAUUCAGUGCAUUAUUGGCUUGUUAAUCUCUUCGACCAUGUUAGGACUCAUAUUUGCUAAAGUUUCACGUCCGCACAAACGAAGUUCAACAAUUGUUUUUUCACGCCAUGCGGUGAUAGCGGCACGCAACGGCAAGCUUUAUUUGAUGUUUCGCAUAGCGGAUUUACGAAAAAGGCAGCUCAUCGAGUCACACGUUCGCGUUUUUCUCAUUCGCCCUUAUGUCACACAAGAGGGAGAAAACAUCUGUUGCUUUAGGCAGCCGUUGCCCGUGAAUUGCGAUUUGGAGAGUGAGGAUGAAGAGAGAGUCUUUCUCUUCUCCCCGGUAAUUGUCUCACACGAGAUCAACGAGGAGAGUCCUUUCUACGAUUAUUCGCCGAAUGACUUGCUCUUCGCCGACUUUGAAAUUGUCGUUCUUCUCGAAGGGAUUGUCGAAUCUACAGGAAUGACUACGCAAGCGAGAACAUCGUAUUUGGGAGAGGAAAUUCAUUGGGGUCAUUUGUUUGUGGACAUGAUGGGCAGUGUGUCAAACAACGGCUAUUACAACAUUGACGUUUCACGCCUCCACGACUCAUUUCCCAGUCCUGUCGCAUUGCCCAGAAUAAGUCCACGAGAAUUCCACGACUCGAGGCUUCGAGAAAAUGGGAACGAUAAUUCCCACCAGCAGGAACUUAUGGAAGAGAUAAGCGAUCGCGAUAUAACAGAUGUGCCUCAGAGCAACUACGUUCGUAACGGGGUGACUUUAGUUCCAAACAGCGAAGUUGGCCAAGAUGUCAACGUCAGUAAAUUAUGAGACAGUUGAUUUGAUGGCAUUCUGAAACCGACUGACAUUAGAUAAAUAUUCACUCUAGCAAAAAAUAUUAACAAAACCCUAAUGUUUUCAUUCCUGGUUGUUAAUGGUUUUUUGUACAAAAAAAAAAAGUAUCAAACCAAUUCAAUAGUCUAACCUCACCCGCUCAUCAAAUGGCUGUUUUUUAUUUCUGUUGUGAUCACCAAACAAUUAAUUUCCUUUCAUGCUGAUAGCAGUUUAUUUUAGUUUCUUUAUUUAUCAACGCUGUUCCCGUGUAUGAAAAUGACAUUUGUUUUCCGGCUGUUUUUCAAGGAGGCACGUAUGUUGUUAGUCCAACAUUUUGGCCAAACCUAAGGAAUAUAGAACGUAUGUGAAGGUUAUUCACUAAAUCAGUUUGAAUAACUGUUGCUUAAUUAUUCCUUUAAUACUGUCUUAUCGCAUUUCUGUUCAAAUUCGUUCAGAAAGUGGAUGUUAAUAUUACAGAUGGGAAUUAUGUCUCCGUAACAAGUUUACAAGUUUAUUCACAAAUCCGCCUUCAUAUGUUCAAAGUUCAGGAAAGUUAUUUAAUAUGUGCUGUAACAAAUAUUCAGUGAUCAUGAAAUUAUUUUGUCAAACAGACUGAUGUGGUCGUCUUUUAAUUAACUGGUCUUUAAGAUUUUUAAACUUUCUUGUUUUCCAAUAGCUUUUGAUCAUAGGAGCGUUGCAGCUAGCCAAUAUCACAGGUCGAGUAUCUGUAGUUAUCUAUGAAUGUGUGUUUACCAGAAAAAACAUUCAGGACUCGUUUUAUCAAAGGUGAUAUGGUGUCUGUCCAAAUAUAAAGCCACUUCUUACUCUUGUUGUAGUUAAUGCUUUACUUUGUUUGUUUCUUCUCAUUUUUAAUCCCAAAACAUUGCUAGAUAUAUUAGAUAAUAUUUUCGUGACGUUCCCAAACUUAAGUUAAUAAACCACUUGUCUAAUUAUAAAGUUAAACAAGUUCUUUCGCCUCGGGCCACGAUUUUGGAUUCAGUUAGAUACCGCUCUUUGUUUAGCAGCAAAUAUUAGUAACUACAUGCAGUAGUAACGAUUCGUCUGCCAGCGAAGUAAGGUUCGUAUUUUCAAGAAUUAUUGAUGAAAAGAUCUCGUGAUCUCCAGUGGAAAUUAAUGAUAAAGUAUACGUCAAGAAAUUAUACGUCACGCGAUGUUUCACAAAGUUUGUUGAGCGGGAAAGACCGAUAUUUGGAUUGUUGCGUAAAAACACUGACCC